AAGAAGAGAAACAGCGCCUAGCCGUCACCAUGGCGACGUCUCCGCGUCAAAGCGCCGUUUUUCCGCCUAAAUCCGCAGUUUUUCUGUAUUUAUCCGCUUCGAACAAAAUAAAAACGGUUAUUUUUUUCAGAGUUAGCGUGAGAAUAAGCGAUGGUUUAGUUCUAGUGAGAAGAAACUCAGAGCUUCAUUCCGGCUAACCUCAGAGGUUCUCCUCCAUCUUUCCUCUCCUGUUGGCCUCCAGGAAGCUCCGGGUUCUGCUGUUGGAUCUUUCCGCCCUCAGUGAGGAACCAGCAGCUCCUGCAGACAUGGAGCAGUACAGCAUUUUGGGUCGGAUUGGAGAAGGAGCUCAUGGGAUCGUUUUCAAGGCCAAACACAGAGAGACAGGAGAGACCGUGGCUCUGAAGAAAGUGGCUCUGAGGAGGCUGGAGGACGGCAUCCCCAACCAGGCUCUGAGGGAGAUCAAGGCUCUGCAGGAGAUUGAGGACAACCAGUAUGUGGUGAAGCUUAAAGACUUCUUUCCUCACGGCACCGGCUUUGUUCUGGUCUUCGACUUCAUGCUGUCUGACCUCUCUGAGGUCAUCAGGAACUACCAGCGACCUCUGACCCCGGCGCAGGUGAAGGGGUACAUGAUGAUGCUGCUGAAGGGCGUGGCCUUCCUGCAUAGCAACAACAUCAUGCAUCGGGACCUGAAGCCCGCCAACCUCCUCAUCAGUUCCUCAGGUCACCUGAAGGUGGCAGACUUUGGUCUGGCUCGGCUCUUCAGUCAUCAGGGGGAAAGGCUUUACAGCCACCAGGUAGCCACCAGGUGGUACCGCGCACCAGAGCUGCUGUACGGAGCUCGGAAAUAUGACGAGGGCGUCGACCUGUGGGCUGUGGGCUGCAUCUUUGGAGAGCUGCUGAACUCAUCUCCUCUGUUCCCUGGAGAAAACGACAUUGAACAGCUCUGCUGCGUCCUCAGAGUGCUGGGAACGCCGACGCGGGACAGCUGGCCUGAAAUAGUGGAGUUGCCGGAUUACAACAAAAUCACCUUUAAGGACAAUCCAGCAAUCCCAUUGGAGGAGAUCGUCCCGGACACGCCCCCCCAGGCCAUCCACCUGCUCUACAGGUUCCUGGUUUAUCCGUCCAAACAGCGCUGCUCCGCCAGACAGGCUCUGGUCCAUCCAUACUUCUUCUCCUUUCCUCUUCCUGUUCACCACCCGGAGCUGCCCAUCCCUCAGAGGGGGGGCUGCCCCCCCCGCCAGCGCCUGCAGGCUCCGCCCUCUGACUUCGCCGUAGACCUGCCCAUGGAGAACAGCGUGGUGGUCCCGGCGCUGCUGCGGCCGCACGCCUCCUGCCUCUGAAAGACCCGACCCGUUGGACUGGUGGGGGUGGGGGGAGGGGGGGGGGUGAUCCGGAUCACAUGGACCGGACCGAUGUGAACUGAACUAAGAUGCUGCCGAGCGGAACCGGACUGAUGGGACGGUUUCUUUAAUCCACAUCCGGCUCUGUUCCAGGCAGCUGCUUUGUGGUGUGUGUGACU